UUUUUUAAAGUUAAUUUUAAAGAACAGGUUUUGGGCUUUGUGCACACGGAAAACUCCAUAAGAUAGCACAAGCGUUUAUGUAUCUGACUAUAUUUGAAAGAAGUCCACAGUUUUGAGGGCUAAAACCAUCUAUAAAAGAAUGGCUGGCCAUGCUGAACAGCUUGAGGAAGAGUAGGCAGGGAGGGCCAUAACAGCAACUCUGUUAAUUACGGUUUAUGUGCCACUUGAGGUAAGUCCUUAGUACCUUCUCCAAGCUGGGCUAGUAAUGGUGUGUGUUUUAUCGGGAGGUGAGUGCAAAUGCCUUGGAAGCCAACCAUCAAAUGUCUCCGUGAAGACCUUUUCUCCACAGUGGUGACAUCCAAAGCAAGUUAAGUUACGCUUGGCCUGGAACUAGCAAAUACAGUCCAUACUGGCCUGGGGCUUGGGGCAAUCCUCCUGCUCCAGUUUUCUCAGGAUUAUAUUAUAGCCAUGGACCAGAACAGAACAACUAACAGAACAAUGAAGCCAUGAACCACAGAAACGAGGACUUUUGCCUUUGAGUUUUCUUCUGUUUCAUCAGUUUUAUGGAGGACACUUAGGCUUAUGAGGGUGGUCUCUGAACUAGAACCACUGGGCCAUGGCAGACAUCAGCUCCUAGGUUGUCAGCACGUUCUCAGUCGGACCGGAAAAGGAUAAUUCGGAACUUCUUCACUCCAGCUGAAGCAGAGACACACAUUACCCACAAAAUCAGAGCCAUGGGCUGCAACCCGCCGUGCCUCCUCCCCUACAGACUACGCCUGUUGUUGUUCUUUACCCUGUGCCUGACUGUGGUUGGAUGGGCCACCAGCAACUACUUCGUGGGUCCCAUUCAAGUGAUCCCCAAGGCAAAGGACUUCAUGGCUAGUUUCCACAAGGUCAUUCCAUUGGGGAAGGAAGAAACUCUGGCCCAUGAUGUCAUGGAAAAAGCAGAACUUGGCAGCUGCCCUUCUGUGUCUCCAAACCUUAGAGGCCAGAGCAAGCUCAUUUUUAAACCAGACCUCACUUUGGAGGAAGUACAGGCAGAGAACCCCAGAGUGUCUGGAGGCCGGUGUCAUCCCGAGGGAUGUAAGGCCUUGCAGCGGGUGGCCAUCCUCAUUCCCCACCGGAACAGAGAGAAGCACCUGAUAUACCUGCUGGAGCACCUGCACCCCUUCCUGCAAAGGCAGCAGCUGGACUAUGGCAUCUACAUCAUCCACCAGACUGGAAGUAAGAAGUUUAAUCGAGCCAAGCUCCUGAAUGUGGGCUAUCUGGAGGCUCUCAGGGAGGAAAACUGGGACUGCUUCAUAUUCCACGACGUGGAUUUGGUGCCGGAGAAUGACUUCAACCUUUACACGUGUGGCGAGCAGCCCAAGCACCUGGUGGUUGGCAGGAACAGCACUGGCUACAGGUUACGCUACAAUAAAUAUUUUGGGGGUGUUACUGCCCUCAGCAGAGAACAGUUUUUCAAGGUGAAUGGAUUCUCUAACAACUACUGGGGAUGGGGAGGCGAAGACGAUGACCUCAGACUCAGGGUUGAGCUCCACAAAAUGAAAAUCUCCCGGCCUGAUCCCGAUGUGGGCAAAUACACUAUGAUCUUCCACACCAGAGACAAGGGCAACGAGGUGAAUGUGGAUCGGAUGAAGCUGUUAAACCAGAUGUCACGAGUCUGGAAAACAGAUGGCCUAUCAAGUUGUUCUUACAGAUUACUCUCCGUGGAACACAAUCCUUUAUACAUCAACGUCACAGUGGACUUCUGGACUGGUGUGUGACCUGGAUCUUUGGAUGGGGUUCAGGAGAAGUGAUAACUUGCCAUAAUUUUGGCCUAGAGACUUCCAUAGUAGCGCACACUAAGGACUCGUUCCAGAUAAUUAUUAGGCCGGAUUUUUCCAUUUUGUUUUCUCGGCCACGCUCUUGGUCAUGGGGAAUGUUGAGCCGUCAUAAUGAGACAGCUUUCCUAGUUGUUCUGAUUCCAGCAGUGAAGUGUAACGCCCAUACUUGACGGACUAAAGAUGAAAAGAUGCAAUGAAGGCUACCUGGGAGCCGUGUCCUUGAAAGAUCGACUCCAGCAAAGCAUCAGGGGAUUAAAGAGUGGGGAACAAAAUCCCCGUGUGUCCUAGAGAGCCAGAACUGCUAGGCCCGAGAUAGAAAGGUACUAAGAUGUGUUUCUGUCACGCGUGUAUCCUAUGUGGCCAUCUGAGAAGCGGUGGAUUCCGGAUGAGAAGAAGGCCAUAGAGGAGCGGAGCAAAGUCAGGAAUCAGACCCCAUGAACCCAGCAAUGAAGAGGUGACGAAGGGGGAGUGUGGUGUGAACUGGCAGCGGUGACUGCUGCCCCCAGUCCUCCGUGCUGUUUGCUUCCUCAUCGGAAACACCUUCCAGCCUGUGGCCACCCGACCUCGAAUGUACCAGUCUCUUCAGAGGCACUUGCCAGCAAGAGCCCACCAGAGAACACUCUCUCCUAGUUUUUAAAGCAUUUUUUAUAAAAUGAUUUUGUACGCAUAGGAUACGAACGAACAGUUUAUAAGCUACAUCAUGACUGAUAAUACAUCUCUAGAGUACCUCUGUAGUAAAACAUGAAAAUGCUUCUGGCUCUUGGUCUUCUUUUUUUACUGUUCGUAUAGACCAAAGGUUUAUUCAGUUCAGCACUUCUGAUUUUAAACAUCUUAAGCACCGAACAGUGGACUGGAGAUAUCUCAGCAGUUAAGAGCAUGUACUGCUCUUGCAGAGGACUUGAAUUUGGCUCCCAGCACUCCCUUGAGGGGGAACUUACAACUGCCAGCUUCAGGGGACCCUAUGCCUCUGGCCUCCAUAGCCAACUGCAACAAGCCACGACUCAGUUUUAGUCUCGGGCCUCUCUGAAUUUUACUGUUUUCAUUCCUCUGUGUGUCCUUCCCACAGUCAGAAGUGGAGACUACAGGGCUUUGGGAGUGCUCCUGGCUGGUUAGUGCUAGGGACAGUCCCUCCCCCCCCAUCUGGAGUAAUGUUGUGGGUGUGGUGCUGGCGUGGAAACCAGAGCAAUUUGAGAGAGAAGGUCCCAGCACGGCCGAGCUUCGUAGGGGGCAGGGCAAAGGGGGCAGGGUAAUGGAAGGAAGACAGAAGAAGCCAUUCUGUUUUUCAGUCAGAAGAGUAGUAAUUAUUUCAUUUGAUUAGGUGGAUAAGUGGACAAGUAAUUAACACAGAUGUUAAGUGUUGUGUGGCUGUGUCCCGGGCCUCAGUCCGUCAUCAUUACGUGACCCCAUCGCCACUAGACUCAGUUGGUAAGUAGAAAUAAUACCUAAUCCUGCCAGACAGGACGAGGAAUCAGGAGGGUUUGGAGUGAACACCACCAAAGGAGGAAGAAGGAUUUGAAGGAACUUUUUUGUUU